AUGAGAAACCUCCAAAUCGAAAAGUUGGUUCUCAACAUUUGUGUUGGUGAAUCUGGUGAUAGAUUGACUCGUGCUGCCAAGGUUCUUGAACAAUUGACUGGUCAAACUCCCGUCUACUCCAAGGCCCGUUACACUGUCCGUACUUUCUCCAUUCGUCGUAACGAAAAGAUCUCUGUUCACGUUACUGUCCGUGGUCCUAAGGCUGAAGAAAUCCUCGAACGUGGUUUGAAGGUCAAGGAAUACGAACUCAAGGCCCGUAACUUCUCUGAAACUGGUAACUUUGGUUUCGGUAUUGACGAACACAUUGAUUUGGGUAUCAAGUACGAUCCUUCCAUUGGUAUCUACGGUAUGGACUACUACGUUGUCAUGGGUCGUCCUGGUAACCGUGUCUCCCGCAGAAAGCACUGCAAGUCCAAGGUUGGUAUUAACCACCGUAUCAAGAAGGAAGAAUCCCAAGAAUGGUUCAAGAACCGUUUCGAUGGUAUCAUCUCCAACAAAAACUAA